AUGCCGCGAGUAGAAGAUUCAGUACCUCGAUAUCACCUCACCAGAGAGAUCGUGAAGAAUUAUCUAAGAAGGCGGUUUGGAAAUUUAAGCUUCAAUGUUGAAGUAAGUGUCAGGCUACCCAAUGGCAGGCAGUGCCCUGCUGACCAUUUGAAGCACAAAAAUGAUAAUUUCGUCUUCUUUGUACCCAGAAGUCUGACGAAGCUGCCCGAAGGCUAUCUUGAAGGCUAUGUAGCUAGUGUCAAUGUCAAUUGUCUUGGCGAUUGA